AUGGCAAGGCUAUUGCUCUCAGACGACAAGGCCACCGCGUCACCGCACACCUCUAGCAGAGUGGUUGACAUUGAUCCGCACCGUGCCACCGUCACACUCGGGGACGGACAGGUGGUUCAGGGUGACGUCGUCAUCGCCGCAGAUGGCGUGCAUUCCGUUGCGCGAUCCAAAUUGCCCGGCGCCAGCAACAUUGCCCCCUAUGACUCAGGCAGGAAUGCAUUCCGCUUCUUGAUGUCGCGCCAGGCGGCACUGGAUGACCCCGAAACUCGAGAACUCGCACAGGAUCGCGGUGUGAUCGACAUGUGGGACUCACCUGAUCGGAGAUUGGCCAUCUAUCCGUGUCAGAAUAACGAGAUCCUGAAUUUUGUCUGCCUGCACCCCAGUACAAUGACUGCCAUUGAGACAGGCACGGAUUGGAAUCAGUUGGCCGGCAAGGAUGCUUUAAUCGAGGUGUACAAAGACUUUGACCCGCUGCUGGUCAAGUUGCUGGGCAAGGCGGAGGCCGAAACGCUGAGAAUCUGGCCGCUGUUGGAUAUGGACACGCUUCCCGCCUGGGUCGAAGGUUCGAUGGCUAUCAUUGGAGAUGCGGCCCAUCCUUUCUUGCCCUAUCGUGGCUCUGGAGUGGCCAUGGCUAUUGAGGAUGGCGUAGCACUUAGUCGGCACGAGAUUCCAGAGCGUCUGAAGCUCUAUAACCAAGCCCGCCAUGAGCGAGCAAGCACCGUCCAGAAAAUGACACGGGAUUCCGCGCAUGGUCCGCUGCCACCACCUGAAUCCCAAGCGAUAGUGUAUUACAUCUACGGCCAUGACGAGUUCGAUCAUUCCACACAGAUUCUGCGCAAGUAUCUUUGGGCCAAGAACCCGCGGAUGUACUGGCGCCAGCCCAUCGUCUUCGGACCAAUGCCGGGCCCAAGGCAGGACUUUUAUGGCCAAGACCGCGCGGUGAAGUCGUUGAGAUCAACCUUCAAGACAGCAUCAAUCCGCUUCAGGACCAGCCGCACAUUGCUCCAAAACCUGCUGCCGAACGAGUCAUACAGCUUCAGUAGUCCUGGAACUAUAGCCUAUGCAAGCUUCUCACAAACAAUGCUGAACGGAAUGGACUGGCUGGGCGGUGGCGGAUACCGCCAUCUGGGACUUUACAUUGAAGGCGUGCAGAACAAGAAAGCCAAUGGCGAGGUCGUCAAGGGCACAUACAUGCCUAUCCUGUUUGAGAACCUGGCCGAUCCUAUCAUCAGCGGCAGAGAGGAACUCGGCAUGCCCAAGCUCUACACAGCCAUCGAUGCACACGAGCGGCGCGAUUCCUAUCAUCUUCAGACCAGUUGGCAAGGUGCCGUCUGGGGACACUUCCACCUGGAAAGCCUCGAGGGUGUGGACCCAGAAAAUGACCCCGGUGUUAUCGGUGGGGAGCCCAGCGAUGGUAUCCUGGUGCACCGUUAUAUUCCCAAGGUCGGUCGCGAUCGCAAAGGACAGGCGGAGGCUGAGUAUCCAGUCUUCGUACCGCAUGCAGCAGAAUCCAAGGUGGUACCGUCCAAGGUGAUACGAGUACGCAAAACGACCAAAGCUUUUUUCGAGAUUGAUGCGCUGGGCUGGGAAUCGCUGCCAACCCUGCAGCAUAUCAUUUCGCGACUGGCAGAGAUUCCGGUCGAUCAAAUUGUAGGUGCAAAACUGGUAGAAGGUGAAGGAGUGCCUGAUGUGUCAUCAGCCAUGCGUCUGGAGUAG